AUGGCCCGCGGAAAAGCCAAGGAGGAAGGCAGCUGGAAGAAAUUCAUCUGGAACUCGGAGAAGAAGGAGUUUUUGGGCAGGACCGGUGGUAGUUGGUUUAAGAUCCUUCUGUUCUACGUGAUAUUUUAUGGCUGCCUGGCUGGCAUCUUCAUUGGGACCAUCCAGGUGAUGCUGCUUACCAUCAGUGAACUGAAGCCCACAUACCAGGACCGCGUGGCCCCGCCAGGAUUGACACAGAUUCCUCAGAUCCAAAAGACUGAAAUUUCCUUUCGUCCUAAUGACCCCAAGAGCUACGAGGCCUAUGUGCUAAAUAUCAUUAGGUUCCUGGAAAAGUACAAAGAUUCGGCCCAGAAGGAUGACAUGAUUUUCGAGGACUGUGGCAAUAUGCCCAGCGAACCCAAGGAACGGGGAGAAUUAGACCACGAACGAGGAGAGCGGAAGGUGUGCAGGUUCAAGCUUGACUGGCUGGGGAACUGCUCCGGAGUCAACGAUGAGACUUACGGCUACAAAGAGGGGAAACCCUGCAUCAUCAUCAAGCUCAACCGAGUCCUGGGCUUCAAACCUAAGCCUCCCAAGAAUGAAUCCUUGGAGACUUACCCAGCAAUGAAGUAUAAUCCAAAUGUCCUCCCUGUUCAGUGUACUGGCAAGAGAGAUGAAGACAAGGACAAAGUCGGAAACAUAGACUACUUCGGAAUGGGUGGAUUUUAUGGCUUCCCUCUGCAGUAUUAUCCCUAUUAUGGCAAACUCCUGCAGCCCAAGUACCUGCAGCCCCUGCUGGCUGUUCAGUUCACCAACCUAACCUUGGACACUGAGGUUCGCAUUGAGUGUAAGGCAUAUGGUGAGAACAUUGGGUACAGUGAGAAAGACCGUUUUCAGGGACGCUUUGAGGUAAAAAUUUUAAUUAAGAGCUGAUCACAAGCACAAAUCUUUCCCACUAGCCAUUUAAUAAGUUAAAAAAGAUACACAAACCUACUAGUCUUGAACAAACUGUCAUACGUAUGGGACCUACACUUAAUCUCUAUGCUUUACACUAGCUUCUGCAUUUAAUAGGUUAGAAUGUAAAUUUAAAGUGUAGCAAUAGCAACAAAAUAUUUAUUCUACUGUAAAUGACAAAAGAAAAAUAAAAAUUGAGCCUUGGGACGUGCCCAUUUUUACUGUAAAUUAGAUUCCAUAACUGACUUGUAGUGAGCAGUGCUCUGGCCCCUAAGUAUUGCCGCCUUGUCUAUUUUAUUUAGUGUACAGUACUAUAGGUGCGCACUCUGGUCAUUUUUCAAGCCAUGUUUUCUCAUAUGUUUUCUACUUUAUGUGAGCAAGGUUUGCUGUCCAAGGUGUAAAUACUCAAUGGGAAUAAAACUGGCAUGGUACUUUUUCCUUUUCUUUCUUAUCUUUUGGCUCUGAAAUUUCAAAGAUAAUGGCCCAUCAAUGAGCAUUUUUAACACACUCCAUAGUCUUUCCUGUGGUAUCAGGUCUUCAUUUUUAUCUUUAUUUCCUGGGG